AUGGAUCAAACUGCAGCACAAAAAACUAAAUUACUGCUGGUUUUCGACUCCUAUCGACCUCCUGACAGCCCGCUGGACUGUUUCGAAAAGUAUUUCAAACCUAAUUAUGUUCAAGCUCUGAAGAUGGGAAAGUUGAUAAUUUUUCUUGGAGACCUUAACUGCGAUAUGCUUAAGCCCACACCUGGAUCAGCGACUUUGACCAAGGGGACCGUAGAACUCAACCUUCAUCAGUUAGUUAAAUCACCAACAAGAAUUACUGAAUCCAGUCAGAUCCUCGUUGACGUUAUUUUCGUAUCUUCGCCAAGACUUGUAGUCAACAGCGGCGUCAUUGAAACGUGUAUUAGCGAUCAUUUCCCUGUGUAUGUAUCACUAAAACGUAAACCGACAAAGCUCUACCAACCUAUAUCACUACCCGCAGCUACAAUAAAUACGACCCUGAUUUGCUUGUGA